GUGGAGACCAUCGGGGACGCAUACGUGGUCGUAGCAGGUGUGCCGGACUUUGUGGAAGACCACGCAGACCGGCUAAUCGCCAUGGGUCUGGACAUGAUAACAGCCACAAAGAGUGUCCGCAAUCCGGUCAACGGAGAUUCCAUACAGAUGCGGAUCGGUGUACACACUGGUUACGUGACGGCCGGCGUUGUAGGGAUGACAAUGCCUCGCUACUGUCUGUUCGGAAACACAGUCACCCUGGCAAACAAGACGGAGAGCCUGUCAAAGCCAUCCAGGGUAAACGUCACCGAAGUGGCUAAGAGCCACCUAACGAAGAAAGAUUACGUGUUUGAGGACAACCCGGAUGUGGGUGAUUUCCCUCUCCGUUGUUACCUCGUGGACAUGGUGUCGAGACCCGCCACAGACGCAAAGACCCCUCAGGCUGCUGGGCAACAGCCGGCCGAUGACAGCAUGCUCCUCUCGCCAUCCUCCUCACCAGUGCGCCGCGCGUCUGCCGUCCCGUCACCGUCCUUGGAAGCGGACGAGAUUGGCAUGCUUAUCAACAGUAUACCUCCUAAAGCUCCCGAGCCAGCAGCCGCAACAUUGGCCAAUGCCAAGAAGAACAAUGCUGAACCGUUGUUCAAAGCUAGAAAAAACAACAUCGCAUCCUGUCCAUUCCUCAAUGAAAACGCAGACGAAAAGCGCACCACAAUUGCGCAGAGUGCCUCGUCCGUGCCACCAGUGACGACUAGUGCAGAAAUCAUCAACGUACUCGAGAACGCGUUCGCCGAUUCCAUAGCCAACGGCGCUGAUGGACACAAUCCACCACAAGCUAGCAAAAGUGAGCACGACUCGGCAUCCAAGGGCACUGGCAGUGGGAAGUCAUCGUUCCUGGGUAUCAGAUGGAAGCUAUCUCAGACUAACAAGAUGAAAAAACACAAGAGUGCCGACUCCACUCACUCUACCUCAUCGCACCCAGAUGAUCACGAAGAGUUGGGCGGUGUAUGUGGAGGAGUUGCAGGAGGAAGUGGAGCGACUGUACGCUUCAUGGAGAGUCCCGAGCCGAAACCUGGCCGGUUGCAGUGCCCCUUCUUCCGGUUUCGGGCCAAAAACGUGGGAAUAGGGGAAGGCUUCGCUCAGGCGGGCAGCGGGAAAAGUGCGCCAGUGGCGCUGGCUGCUGCAGGUGCUGGACCUGGAAUCGCACCCGGACAAACGGAAGCUACCUCGUCCAGAAAAUCUGAAACACGGAAGAAGGACAAGUUCUGGUCUCGGGUCAUUUUUCCUUCCUGAAGAGACGAGACGAAACAAGCGAACCUCCUAUGUCCUUUGGUGAACCAUUCAGCGAG